AGUAGUCUAGGUCACCUACACGUUUGUCAAUGCAGAGUUUUCUCACGUAGCCUAGUACCCGAGGCCUUCGUGCUUACACUCGGAAGGCCUCGGGUACUAGGCUAGUGUUCUACGAGACAAAGCGGCUUGCGUGACCUAGGCUAUACUCUCAGUUGAGAUUCAGGUCGUGGAAGCCGAGGAAUACCGAGUGCAAACAUGGCGGACAACAGAUUGGACACUCAAAUCGAGAAGCUCACACAGGCGAUAAAAUUAACUCAAAAAUUGAGGGCUAGUGUUACUAAAGUCUUCACAGACCUCUCAGAUGGCUUCCAAGCACCGAAAGGAGACGAGAAAGCGCUACUGAAUAAGCUACAAAAGUCUCUUACCGCUGUUAAUGAUAAUCUUGGGGAUUUGGAGAAAUUAGCACCAAAUAUCCCAAGUACAACAAACAUCCCUCCUCUGUUGUUGAACAGUGCCGGUCUCCUGGGACUCGACCAAGCCACAGACAAAUCAGGCAUUGCUUCCCAGCUACACCACACACACAAAUGGACCAACAAGGUACAUAAGCUUGGUGAUUAUUCAGCAACAUUUUUAGGAACAAAUCAGCUGAAGAGAACACACCCGGGUCCCGUUGGUCAGGCAAAGGGCAUGAGGAGACUAGAACCAACCAUUCAUCGAGUACCAGAAAACAUAAAUAUACAACAGCUGGUUGCUUCAGUAGACCGAAGUUCUCCCGACAUGACAGUGUCGUUGAUCAGGCCGAUGGGUAACAGUACUGUUCUACAGAUAACUUUAGCCAAGACGCUGAAGGCAGUGAUUGUGUUGAGGGGGCUCUUAAUAGAAUAUGUCUCCAUCAAAGCCUUCAAUGAGGACUUCCUAACUGACGAUGGAAGGCCUGAUAUUUGGUCCAAAUCCAGAUGCCAAGUGUUCAAUAAGGUAACAGAUCUGGUUACAGCAGCCACCAUUCAUUUCUGUCAUCCUCAUCUCCCUGACGUCAGUCUGCGCUCAUUCCUUAUCUGGUUGAACAACUACAAGACCCUAUUCUCAGCACCCUGCUCCAAGUGUGGGAAACACUUACAAGGAUUUAUGCCCCCUGUUUGGAGAGACACGCGUUCUUCCCAACCUCUGCAUGACGGCUGUCGCCAGUGAAUUCAGAGACACGCCCCCUACGGCUUGGAAUACUAGAAUCUGUGUCCUUGCUAAUAUCAAAUUCCUGGAUUCAUAUCAACAAGUUGCCAGAAAGCUUGGGACGGUGCUAUUACGAGCCUCUAGACCAGCGGAGCUGGAUAUUCUGUGACCGACUUUAUCGUGAAUCUUUUAAAGUGUUGACAUUCUCCAGGAUAUUUUGACAGACGAUCAGUUUACCCGUGGAGCCGGAGGAAAUGCAUCUUCGCAAGCCAAGCGUUUUCGGUCCGCUUCGCUUCGAUUGUGGGGAGCGAAGCGGACCGAAAACGCUUGGCUUGCGAAGAUGGAGGAAAUCUUGAACUGUAAACUCCAAGUUUUGAGCACAUUUUUGCAGCCGCUGUUUCCAUUAUUAUAUUGGUUUAUGCAUAUUGGUUGUGGUACAGUGUAGAUAUGGACCAUACAGAAGAAUAAAAUGAAAGUAAAUUUA